AUGCCCAUGAUGAUGCCCGGCGGCGGUAUGGGAGCAAUGGGCGGUGGAAAGAUGGGCGGUAAUAUGGGAGGCGGUGCCAUGGGAGGCGGUAUGCCCAUGGGCAGUGCUAUGGGAGGCGGUGCCAUGGGAGGUGGCAUGCCCAUGAUGAUGCCCGGCGGCGGUAUGGGAGCAAUGGACGGUGGAAAAAUGGGCGGUAAUAUGGGUGGCGGCAUGGGCGGUGGUAUGGGAGGCGGCAUGCCAAUGGGCGCUAUGCCCAUGAUGAUGAUGAUGCCCAUGGGCGGCACUGGGAGUAUGGGCGGAGGCAUGGGCGGAGGGAUGGGCGGUGGCAUGGGCGGCGGCAUGGGUGGCAGUAAAGGUGGAAUGGGAGGCGGCAUGGCCAUGAUGGACCAGAUGAUGAUGCAAAUGAUGAUGGGUGGUGCCAAUGGAGGCGGUGCUAUGGGAGGCGGUGCCAUGGGAGGCGGUAAAAUGGGCGGCGGAAUGGGAGGCGGUAUGCCCAUGGGCGGUGCUAUGGGAGGCGGUGAAAUGGGUGGCGGUAUGCCAAUGAUGAUGCCUGGCGGCGGUAUGGGGGCAAUGGGAGGCGGUAAAAUGGGCGGCGGCAUGGGCGGUGGUAUGGGAGGCGGUAUGGGAGGCGGUAUGCCAAUGAUGAUGAUGAUGCCCAUGGGCGGCGCUGGAGGAAUGGGCGGUGGAAACGGAGCUAUGGGAGGUGGUAUGUCAAAGAUGGGCGGAGGAAUGGGUGGCGGCAAAAUGGGAGGCGGCAUGCCCAUGAUGAUGAUGCCCGGUGGUGGCAUGGGCAGCGGUAUGCCAAUGAUGGGCGGAGGAAUUGGUGGCGGCAAAAUGGGAGGCGGCAUGCCCAUGAUGAUGAUGCCCGGUGGUGGCAUGGGCGGCGGUAUGGGAGGAGGUGAGGGCGGUAUGGGCGCUGGUGGAGCUGGCGGUAUGGGCGGCGGCAAGGGCGGUAUGGGAGGCGGAGCAGGGGUCAAGGGUGGAGCUAAUAAAGGUGAUUAA